AUGCUGCAUCAUCAACGACGAGCACUCGCUUCAGGAGUCAACAAAACGAACAAGCAACACACAUCUCCGAUCGCCAUCGCGUCUAACAACACGAACAGACAACCAACAAGACUUGACACAUCUUCAAAUCAUGACGAGGGACUAGAAACUUCACCCGAAGAACGUAUCAACAGUAGAAUUAAAACCAUUCUCAAAAAGUUACCAUCCAAGAAGGAGGACAAUCCCAUCAAAUUUAAAUCGUUCUAUGAAUGCAUCAAAGAUGUUAAAAUUAUUUCUGAUGUUCAAUAUGACACUCGGAGAAGAGAAGACUCAAAAGAUGAGUCAGACACUACCACAUUCCUUUACGACAAGAUGUUGGAAUGGGAUGAAUUGAAUUUAACCAAACAUUACAUUAUGUUUAGAACCAAUGUCCAAAGUUUUGUUCGAACUCUUCCUGAAAUGCUUCAUCAUAAAGAAAAGAUUUGUGAUAUUUUUAUACAUCACUUGAGAAUUAAGGAUUCACUUGCAUUUCAACCUUUAUUAGAUCUGGUGACCAUCUUUGCCAAAGAUCUCAGACAAGAAUUCUAUCCAUUACUUCCUCGUCUAUUCUAUCCUAUUGUCUAUAAUAUUUCAUCGACAAAUACUGAAUUGAAUGCUCUCAUUUUCAAAUCUUUAGCAUUUCUAUUUAAAUAUUUACAAAAAUAUAUUCUCAAAGAUAUUUCAUUGUGGUUUGAAAAGUACUCCAAGAUUCUCUCUCAUAAAAAGUGGUACAUUAGAAAAUUUGCAGCAGAAAGUUUUUCAUUUCUCAUUAACAAACUUUCAGAUUCUGAAUUGAAAGAAUACGUGAGAAAAACAUUUGAAUUGCUCAUUUCAAAGCCCUCACAAAAUAUGUAUGAUGGUACAAGUCAAAUGUUUUUUGAAUCCAUGAAAGGAGUACUUGGAAAUUAUCAUUCCAAAAUGCCAAGAUUGUUACCUCUCUUAUUUCGACAAUUAGAUUGGAAUGAAGAAUCAAAUGAUACGAUCAAGAAACAAUUAUCUGAUAUUGGAAAUAAGUUUACACUUGUUGAAAAGUGUUUAAUACUUUUAAGAGAUUAUUCAAAGAAUAAGGAAGUAGCAAAACAAGUUUGGGAUUUACUUGUGAAAGAAUUUGAAUAUUUGAUUCAAGUAUGGAGGAGAACGACUAUGAUCCAUGAUCAAUCUGCACUCUAUGUUUCCCUCCAAAUUGGACAUGCUUUUCAAUUGAUACGAGUAUUCACUACAAGUGUAGAACGUUGUGAUGAAGAGUCCAUUCUCAAAGUAUUGAAAUGUGUGAAUCACAAGGAAUUAAUCUCUGAAAUGCCAUCACAGACAGCACAAGCUUUAUUUUCAUUCAUUACUGAUAUUGUAGAUACCAUGCAAAGAUCAGAUUUAAUUGAAAACUCUCAUAAUUUACUCUAUAAUUGUUUCUUUGUGAAAGACAAACAAACUGUUUAUACUUUUUACAAAAAGUUAAUGACCUGUGUGGGUACAGAAGAAGAGUCUAAUACCAUUGUUAAAGAAUUUUUAAGAUUUGUGAAUAGUGAUAUUGAGGAAAAUAUGGAAACAACCGUUUCAUUCCUAUUGAAUUUUAUUCAUACGAAUUUAACAGAUGAGAAUACAUUCUUGGAAUAUUCACAACUCUCUGAAAAGAAUUCUAAAUUUGUUUCAGUGAUUCAACAAGAAGUUUCAAAACGAUUGAAUCAUUUAAUGAAAAUGAAUCAAGAGCAAGUGAAUGGUUAUUUUUCAUCUCCACAUGAACACUCUCAUGCAUUAAUGACAUGGGGUAUGCUCAAUGUUCUCUCCACCUAUGGAAAGAAAUCAGAACAAUAUUCUAAACAAGUAUAUCAAUUGUGUCUUUUAUUUUUGAACCAAUUUAUUCCUCUCAUUGAAUGGAAUACCACUCGUGGUGGUCAUGCGACUGCAACUACUACUGCGACUACUAUGACUGCACUACUAUGA